UUAAGCUUUCUGGCCCUGAUUUUUCCAUCCCUACAGGCAUUCUGUGGCUUCUAUAAAAAGCCCUGUACAUUUGAUUCAUUGCGUCACAUGACCUGGGCUGUAUAUGAGAGGAAUACAGAAGGAUUGAAAAAAACAAGUCAAAUAAGGCAGAACUUUACUGUAUUCAAAACAAAACAGGGGUUUAAGAAGAAAUACAUGGCAAAAAACGUCUUAUUGAAAGAGGGAGGGCAUAAACGACAGAGCGAAUGAGGAGGUAGAGUAAGUGUGGGGGUGAGCGAAAGAGAGAUCGGCUGAAUGCAACAGGCUGCUUAAUUCAGAGAGAAAGAAACAUCUGAAGUCAACUGAGCUUCACUCGUCUGUUUAGUUCAACUCUGGAAUCCUCACGUCAGGAAUCUGCUGGUCUUCAUGGUAGUUUUGGAUACCUCACCCAGUUCAUUCACCUCAAUGCUGCAACAAGCCUAACCAACGUUUACAGUGGAUGUAUGAUUGUAGCACCGUUCAUCAAGACAAUCCAUUUGAUUAAAAAGCAUUCAAGUAAUAGACAGACAUUAUUCACCUGAAGAACACCCCAUAGGACGUUUCUUUCCACUCUUGGAAAACAUCACUGUCAAAAUGGCAACCAAUAGGGAGAGACCCAUGAGUCACAUAACAAGGUUUUACCCCUUUGCCUUUAAUUCGAUGCGAAACAACUCCCCCUUCGAUCUUCUGGCGAAUGGCAGUCUGUUCGGACGAUUUGGGGCAGACCUACCCAAAGAAAUGGCAGCACUUUCAGUGGAGACGCAGAGCACAAGCUCAGAGGAGAUGGUGCCCAGUUCUCCCUCACCACCACCACCUCCUCGUGUCUAUAAACCCUGCUUUGUGUGUCAGGACAAAUCUUCUGGGUAUCAUUAUGGAGUCAGCUCCUGUGAGGGGUGCAAGGGUUUCUUCCGCCGCAGUAUUCAGAAAAACAUGGUGUACACGUGCCACAGAGACAAAAACUGCCAGAUCAACAAGGUGACUCGAAACCGCUGCCAGUAUUGCCGACUGCAGAAAUGCUUUGAAGUCGGCAUGUCUAAAGAAGUGCGGAACGACAGGAAUAAGAAAAAGACUGUCAUAAAAGAGGAGGUGCUUCUACCGGAGAGCUACGAGCUGAGCGGGGAACUCGAGGAGCUGGUCAAUAAAGUCAGCAAAGCACACAGGGAAACUUUCCCUUCGCUCUGUCAGCUCGGAAAAUACACAACUAAUUCCAGUUCGGAUCACAGGGUUCAGCUGGAUCUUGGACUAUGGGAUAAGUUUAGUGAACUCUCCACCAAGUGCAUUAUAAAGAUUGUGGAGUUUGCAAAGCGUGUGCCUGGUUUCACCUCUCUCACCAUUGCAGACCAAAUUACAUUGCUGAAGUCUGCCUGCCUUGAUAUACUGAUGCUGAGGAUUUGCACCCGCUACACUCCCGAGCAGGACACCAUGACCUUCUCGGAUGGCCUGACUCUCAACAGAACACAGAUGCACAAUGCUGGUUUUGGCCCACUCACUGAUCUGGUGUUUGCUUUCGCUGGUCAGCUUCUGCCUCUGGAGAUGGAUGAUACAGAGACUGGACUCCUCAGUGCCAUCUGCCUCAUCUGUGGAGACCGCAUGGACCUGGAGGAACCUCACAGAGUUGACCAGCUGCAGGAGCCUCUGCUAGAGGCGUUAAAGAUCUACGCUCGCCGUCGACGCCCUAACAAGCCUCACAUGUUCCCACGAAUGUUGAUGAAGGUCACUGACCUACGAGGUAUCAGCACUAAAGGUGCUGAGCGAGCCAUCACACUGAAGAUGGAGAUCCCAGGCCCCAUGCCGCCUCUGAUACGAGAGAUGCUGGAGAACCCCGAGAUCUUUGAGGAGAGCACUGAUUCUGGAGAAAGUGGCGCUGCUGCUCCUCUGCCUCCCCGUGCCAUUCAGGACAUCAAACAUGAGAAGGAUGAGGUUUCUGUUCUGGAGGAUGAAGAAGAUGAGGAGGAAGGGUGUACAGAGAAGGGGAAGGAGAAAGGAGGGGACAGUGAGGAUGAAGAAUGGGAUCUUCUGCAGAUGGGUGGAACCAGAAAAAGUGUGACAGGAAGAGCUCAGUGAUUCACCACACAUGUUGGUUAGAUAGAUCAGCGGAUGACAUAUUUGCUCUCCUUAUCAGCCAAUACAAACUGACUUUACAUCCUUCAAUUAAACCAACGACACACCAAUUGAUCCCAUAAUGACUAAACAUAGUUCAGAUAUGCACAUCUUUGCACAAAGUGUACUUUCGCUCUACUUUCCAAAAGCAAUAAAAAUGACAAAAUAAAAACUGAGAACAUAUCAACACCAUUACUACAAAUGGCGUUGCUUUAAGAUGCACUAAAAUCUUCGACCGUGUACUGAAGAUGGAGGUUGGAGAAAUAAUGGAGCAAAGAAGGUGAUAAAGCCAUAUUGGGAUUAUGUAUCUAAGCUCUUUUUUUAAACAUUUGCUUGAAAUUAAUAUCUGGAGAUGCCAAAUACUUGAGAAUUCAUCUAUAAAGCCUUGUUCUCUAAGGGAAACAUUUUUUUUAAAAACAAAUGUGUGGAUUAUAAAUACACAAUCAAUGAGACAUUACCAAAAGGCAACUACAAAAUGAAUGGUCAAACCUUUUCUGGACUGACAUUACAUUGCUCUUGAUGUUGAAUUCUCGUCUGGCUGUUUUACUAAAGCAGUUUUAUGUUAUUCUUUUUUUUGCAUAUUGUGCUACUAUAUGUUUUUUAUGGUGUGGCUUUAUGUUUUUUUAUUGAUGUGCCUUUUUACCAAACACUUUUGCAUAAAUUAACUGUCCAACAGCAACCCUUUUGGCAAUUUGAAUUUAACACUUUAACCAAAAUUACGAUACAUUGGGGCAUUAGAAGAUUUUAUAAUUCAAUCUUUAUACAAAAUUCAUAUUGUUAGCUCAUUUAUCGCUUUAUUACACUUUUACUCAGGGCAGAUCAAGGACCAAAACAAUUUCAGCAUGCACUAUUCACAUAUACAUUGUUUUUAGCUACACAUUGUUAGGCAAAUGAAAGCACAAAGAAGAUAAAAGGCUGAAAUGGAAUACUUGACUCUGGGAUCUGAUAGAAAACAACAGAAAAGUUAGUUAAUAAAUGUAAUGACAUACUUACUAUUAUUAUUAUUAUUAUUAUUAUUAUUAUUAUUAGAAUAAAAGCACUCUAAAGUCACAGAUAUAAGGGGCCAAGCAUCUCGAUAGAAAUAAAAGCAAUGUACAUCCUUAAAUGACAAAGCAUAGUGUUAACAAACAAUCAAAUUUAUAAUAAGCUCAUAUUUGCUCAAUUUAUAUUCAAUUGGAAUAUAAAGACAGCACAGAAAGAUUAUGAUUUAGGGGUUUAAAGCUCUUUGUAUGAAUUCUUGUUUGUUUUUUCAGAAACUGUAUUUUGGUUCUUUUUAUUUUGUGUCACUGCAAACAUCAAAAAGGUAUCUCAGUUGUUUUUUACAACCUUGUCCAUUUGAAAAUACAAACAUUCAUGUCAUAGGCAAAAUACUCUUCUAUUUAUUGCUUAUUUAAAAUAAGAAUAGAAGAAAAUACCUCCAAUGUGGUCAGACAAUAUCUAGAUGUAGUAAAUGACAAAAUAUUUUU